GGGAGACUCGGUGGUUGUAGAUGCCAUGGUUAAUUAUAUUUUGGAUUUCGAUUGAUUAUUGAUGGGUAUCUGAUUAUAAAGUACUGUACGAAUUGCUUUUGUUGAAUGGGUUGUUGAUGGCUCUGGUCUAUCUUCAGCUAUGUGGGGUUUAUCUCGCAAGGCUGAGGCGAUUCGUUUAGGGGUCCAAGCUCCCCUGGUGGUGGAUACCGAAGAGUUGCUGGUCGGGGGGUGUUUCCCCGAAGACGGUGGGGUUAUGAGACCAAGCCGUGUAAUUGUAAGACCUGGUGGAUGACCUCGGACUGUAUUACUGUUUGCAUCCGCCACUCUGUCUUUUAAUAUUAAACGAAAGCAGACCGGGAUUUUUCUUAACAUUCUUAUUUCUUCCACCUUACUAUUUUUCAAGUUCCCGAUUGUCGAAAGUGCGGGGUAAAUUAUCAGAUCACCACCAUCACCACCACCACCACCAAACUCCCACAAUGGCCUCCCCACCACCAGGCGGCGUCUACGUCCCCGUCCCAACCUUCUUCGUCGGCAAGACAGCUCCAAACUACAAUGCGGCCGCUGCUCCCUUCGACGCGGAGACGCAAUCCAAGCACUCCAUCCACCUCGCCAAAAGCGGCAUCCGCGGGCUCGUGAUCCUCGGUAGCACCGGCGAGGCAGUCCACCUCACCAACAAGGAGCGCUUCGAGGUCCUAUCUUCCCAGCGCAAGGCCCUUGACGAGGCAGGAUUCAAGGACUACCCCAUCAUCGCCGGGACAGCCACCCAAGACAUCGAGGGAACGGUCGAGCAGCUCCAAGAAGCCCAAAAGGCCGGCGCACAAUGGGGUCUCUGCCUCGCACCCGGCUACUUCGCUGGUGCCGUCACGCAAGAGGGAAUCGUGAAAUGGUUCCAGGCUGUCGCUGACCGCAGUCCAAUUCCCGUUAUGAUCUACCACUACCCCGGUGUCUCCAACAACGUCAAAGUCACCCCCUCCACCUACGCCACUCUCUCCGCCCACCCCAACAUCGUGGGCUGCAAGCUCUCUCACGGGGAUGUCUCGUACCACGCCCAGAUCGGCGCGAACCCUUCCAUCGACCACAGUCACUUCCACACCUUCACCGGUCUCGGACAGCAGCUCCUCCCCAUCUUGGCCUUGGGAUGCGCCGGCACGAUCGACGGCAGUGCAGGAUUCUUCCCUAAGUCGGUGGUGCACCUGUACGACCUGUGUCUUAAGGAGGGUAAGACUGCGGAGGAUAUCAAGGAGGCGAGGACGCUGCAGUAUAAGAUUAGUGCAGUGGAGGAGCUAGUGGUGAGGUUUGGGACGGUGGGGAUUAAGGAGGCGGUUUCGAGGGUGUUGGGGUUGGGGGAGAGGGAUGGGACGAGGUUGCCGCUUGUUGGGGGGAUUCCGGGAGGGGAUGCGGAGUGGGAGAAUUGGAAGGGGGCGGUUGGGGAGUUGGAGGCUGUGGAGAAGUCGUUGUAG